AUGGCAAAUGCCUGGAAACGAAACCAACCCACCAAGAUACUGAGCCCCAAGAACCUAAUCCUGUUCGUCUCCUCCUCCCUCCUCUUCCUCGCCUUCCUCUAUCUCUCCACCAGAAAUCCCCACACCACCGACACAUACCAUUCCUUCGUCCUCGACCCGACCCGACCCAUCAAACCAUUCGAUUGCUACAGUUCCCCACAGGCCCACCCCGUGUUCGCCAACACCGUCGAGGGUCUCAAAUUCCCUUUCCUCUAUUCCCUUUCCGAUUUUGGGAGUUUGCCCGACAAGCCCCACAAGAACAUCGUCAGGACGCUCAAGGGCAAGCCCUUUAGGAGACCAGAUAUAUCGGCCACCGUCCAGGAUUUGCUGAAGAAGGAGGACAGGAAAGGGAUUUUCGUCGAUGUUGGGGCCAAUGUGGGGAUGGCCACCUUUGCUGCGGCUGUGAUGGGGUUCAAGGUGUUGGCCUUUGAGCCUGUUUUUGAGAACUUGCAGCGGAUUUGUGAAGGGAUUUAUUUCAAUAGAGUUGGGGAGUUAGUGCAGCUGUUUGAGGCCGCUGCCUCUGAUACCGCCGGCAACCUCACCUUCCAUAAGUUGGUCGGCCGGCUGGACAACAGUGCAGUUUCAGCCACUGGUGCAAAGAUGGCUUUCAAAUCAAAUGAAGAAAUCGCACUUCAAGUUCGGUCCAUCCGUCUCGAUCAAGUGAUCCAAGAUUCUGAGCGUGUGUUGCUGCUCAAGAUAGACGUUCAAGGUUGGGAGUACCAUGUCCUAAAGGGCGCCUCAAAACUUCUGUCAAGAAAAAAAGGUGAAGCUCCAUACGUAAUAUAUGAAGAGGAUGAGCGUUUGUUAGAGGCGAGCAACAGCAGUGCCAGAGAGAUUAGAGAGUUCCUUCAUCAUAUGGGUUACCGUCAAUGCACACGGCACAGUACAGACGCACACUGCACUAAAACUGACUGA